GCUCGAGUCGCUUCAUUAAAAAAUAUUCAAUUUAUCAGUCAGAGACUUUGUUAUCAGAGUUCAAUUCAAAUGAGAUAAUCCAAAUGUAUCAUCACACUUGUUGGGAAAAAUGUCCAUACGGCUUGCAAGAGUGGAAUUUUUUUAUGUAAUAAGUAAUAAAUUCAGUUACAGUUCAUUUACAACAUUCAAUCUGGCUCGUCCUUAUUAAAUUCAAAUAUUGUCUGAUUGAUUUAAGAUGUCGAUGAACUGUAGGGAAGUUGUCGGCAUUGCAAUUGAUGUGCUAGUCCUGAUUCUUAGGCCAAUUCAUUUACCCAGACUCCUCGAGGUACAGUCUGGACGCGGCCAAAAUUAAAGAGAGUCAACGAGAUUGAACCAUUUUUUGGGUUUUCCUUUUUGACUCGUAAACAAUUCAAUUAUCUAGGACUUGGGAUGUAUAUAAAAUGUGUAUAUUGUCGAAGGAGUGUGUCUGGGUUGAUCUGGAAUUACUUGCAUUGGCAUCUCGGAUGGAAGAAAAUGAGCCCACAUGAAAAUAAAUUCUUAUUUUUAGUCUAUACUUUAUGCAUGGCUCUGGACUUAUGAUGAAGAAGCACAACCGGAAUGAAAGGUCCCUACAGUGUCCAAGCAAUCAUGCAAAAUCUUGAAAGAUAAAAAAAAAAAAAAAAAGGGUAUAUACACGUGUAUAUGUAAACUAUGAUAGUGUUUCUCUUUUGGGUUGAUUUGACAGGGGCCACUAUGGAUUAUUUGAUUCAAUAAAGCAGUGAAGCUGAAAGGGUGUUAUUGCAGGAAUCCAAAUUGCCUUCCUUUGACUGCAAUUACAAUGGGUUUACAAGCAAGAAACGUGGUCAGAAUUGAUUUUAACAUUAUAAUGGCAUUGUACAGAUUCAAACAAGUUUGUACUUUGGAUGAAUUUGAAGAGAUCUGUGGAAUUUAAUGCAGAUAUUAAACGGGGAAGUUGUUACUGCCAGUGAAUUGGGUGUCUUUUUUUCAGCGAUUGGGUGUCUUAGUGGACCUUGAAAACAAUUCAAAGUACUUCAUAUAAAUGGGAAUUUCUUGUUUCCUUAUUUAAACUUACCGUCCUCUUGAACCCUGAAACCAUGCCAUUUUUUGACAGUUUGAUUUUUCAUUCUGUCAAUAAAUCAUUUUAGGGCCGAGCAGGUUGAAAUCCACGCUGGAAAAUAUUAAAGGGAUCGACAUUUUUGUGAUAGUUCUGUGAAAAGUCAGUAGCGUUCAAAUGAUGCCGCAAACCCCGAAGGAAGUAUUCAGGAGAAGCUAAAUUCUGGUUGUGCCCUUUUGAUAUCCUAAUCAAUCCAUCAGAGGGCUUGCACCCAUAUAUAAUAUAUAGGUAAAGUAGAAUUGAUUAUUUCCUAGUAGGCCUUAAUCCAAAGCCAUGUUUGCAGUUGUCCUAUAUAGCCUAUUACUCUGUUUAAAAUUAAUACUAGAAAAAAUGCUUGCGAGCUGAAAAAGCAAAAAAAACCUUGAUACCAUGGUGAAACAUUCUAGACAAAGCACCUUUGCAUGCAUUUUUAUAGUUAUUUCAGCCUUGUUAGGUUCACAUCUGUCUCUGGUUUUCUCAAUUACUGCAGUUUCUGAAGCACCUCACAGCAAAGUGGAUUGCCAUAAGAUUUGUGGGAAUACAUCAGUUCCAUAUCCCUUUUAUAUUAAGCCCUGUGAUAAUCCUUACAGUGAGUUUGGACUUGAAUGCUACAACAAUUCUACUUUGAUGAUUACAUUGAACAAAGUUAGCUACACUGUGACCAGCAUUGAAGCAGAUAGUAUUAUUAUUAAUCCCAAUCAGUCUUCUUGUGAUAUAAAGCUACAGAACUUCACCAUCGACGGUGUACGUAGCUAUACAAUUUCCCCCAGUAACAUUAUCCAGUUUUCUAAUUGUAAUAAUUCAAGAAAUUGUUCUUUGACAUGCAACAUUCCUAAUCGAGGAAAUGAUGAACAAUGCAAGUUUGGUAAUACCUGCUGCCACUUUCUUGAGAAUGACACACUCUGGCAACCUGGAGAACCUAACUUUACGCAACUCUCUCAGCAACAGUGCACAGGUUUCACUAGCUGGGUAAUCUCAAGCGUGGUUCCUACUUACCAUGCAGAGAAUGGGCUGAAACUGGAGUGGGCUUUUCCGGGGAACUGCGCAAACUUUGGAUGUCAUGCCAAUGCAAAAUGUUUUUCAGCCAAAAAUGUCAAAGAUGGUUGGAGGUGCGCUUGUAAGGAUGGUUAUAUUGGAGACGGAUUCGUUGAUGGCACUGGUUGCAGAAGAGAUUGCACAAAGGAUGGGAAUCAAUCUGGUGACUGCGAGAAGGACAAGACCAAGAUAAUAAUCCUUGCAGCUGGGCUUCUAGCUGGAUCAGCACUGGUAGCGGCAAGCAUUGUAUCCAUUGGAUUAGUAAUUCGCAAGAGGCGGAACAAGCAGCAACGGCGAGGUCGAGAUGGGAAUCAGCUAGCAAGCCUUCUACAUAGCCGAUCGGAGGAAUUCAGCACCGAGCUAUUCACGUACAAAAUCUUGGACCGAGCCACAAAAGGCUUUGCUGAUGCCCAGAAGUGUGGCCAAGGUGCGUGUGGUACUGUCUAUGCUGGUCGCCUCCCGGAUGGCCGCUUUGUGGCUGUCAAGUGCAUGCAUCAUAAUUCUUCUAAGGAAGGGGCGCACCAGUUCCUGAACGAGAUUAGUCUGCUUUCAACCAUAAAACACAAGAAUCUGGUUCAACUGCUGGGCUGUUGCCUAGAGGCAGAUGACCCCAUUUUAGUCUAUGAAUUUGUUCCUAAUGGCACACUCACAGAGCACCUCCACUGCGAGAAUGGCAAAGGUCCACUUGACUGGCGCACCCGGUGUGCCAUUGCUGCCGAUGGCGCUCAGGCUCUCGUCCACCUGCACACCAACCUCCCCCAGCCGGUCUACCACCGGGACGUCAAGUCACCCAACAUUCUCUUAGACUUGGACUUCAACUGCAAGGUGGCGGACUUUGGUCUGUCCAGGCUGGCACCUUUCGAUUUUGGGACCCACAUUUCAACGGCGCCACAAGGCACCCCAGGUUACGUGGACCCUGAGUACCACCAGAACUUCCACCUCAGCGACAAAUCUGACGUGUACAGCUUUGGCGUUGUGCUGAUUGAGAUCAUUACUGCCAUGAAGCCCAUUGACUUCACACGUAACAAGAAAGAAGUCAACCUUGCUGCGCUGGCAGUUGCCAAAAUCACAUCUGGCUGCCUCGACGACAUCGUGGACCCGCUCUUACAGAUCGGCUCACGUCCACAUGUCAGAGCUCUGGUUCACAGGGUUGCUGAGCUGGCAUUCAGGUGUCUGGCCCAUGACAAGGAUGCCAGGCCCACCAUGACUGAGGUGGCAGAGGAGCUCCUUGCAGUUAAGAAUCAGUGCACGGAUAUUGAGUACCUGCCACCGGCUAUUACCAGUGAAAGCCCUGAAAAGUCGGCGUUGUCACCGACAUCUGUCCAGGCGCUGUGGCCCAGUAACAGCACUGCACUAUCAGAUAGUUUGUAGUUUAAUGGAGGGUUGGAGCUUCUGUUUUUCUCCGUCUCUUGAUGUAAAGUCUGUCAGUUGCCACUCUUCCGUCUCGGCAUGUAAAAUUUUAUAAUACAGACGUUAUAGGAAGGGUAAAUUCCUUUUUAUAUGAUCAGGCUAUAUAUUAGAUUCAGGGAAAGCUUUUGUUUUCUCAAAAAGACUAGUAAAUUUUAAUAUGUAUAGAUAUAUAUACAUAUUGUAUCAAAGGCAAGAAAUUUUGUAUAAUCUUUAUGUAGGAUUUUAUAUCUUUUUCUGUUAUUUAAAUAGGAGAAGGAGUUUAUGUUGAUACCUCUUUAGUUGAGAGUUAAGAAAGGGGUAUCCAUUCCACCAAAGUUGUUGACAUUAUUCCAGUUUUAUCUAUCAUACCUUCCGGUUUGAA